AUGUUCAGUUACCCACCAUUUUCCCUUACGAAGCCUAUGUAUGACACGGACACCUACAUAGGUCGCAGUUUAUACUUUUUCUUCUCCAUCAAUCCGCUGCUGUGCUUCCAGACGGAACGCAUGCUGAUGCAGAAGAGGCUUCUCUUGGACCGUGUGGCGGCGGGUGAGAAGGUGUCGGUAGACGACAAAACGCUCUGGAAGGCACGCAUGGCCAUUGAAAACUGCGUGCAUCCGACCACCGGAGAAGUAAUCUUCCCCCUGUUCCGCAUGUGUGCAUUUCUUCCAAUGAACAGUCUUAUCGUACCCUUUAUGAUGACGCCAGGAACCGUCAGCAGCGUUGCGCGGACUGUAUUCAUCCAGUGGUUUAACCAGAGCUAUAACUCUGCUGUGAACUACGCCAAUCGUUCCUCUGAGAAGCAGAAGCUGGGGGAAUUGUCGAAGGCGUACGUUGCGGCGGUGGGUAUUUCCGUUUCGGGCGCAUUGGGCGCGACGGCGCUGCUUAAGCGCGUGCCGAGUGGCACCCUGCAGGCAACGGUCAUUCGUGCAACGCUGCCGU